CAGUUCCUGACAUUCCAAGGGGACGUGCCAGUGAUUUUCUACAGGCUGCAGAAUAUUCCCGAGCUGUACUCCUACUUUGUCUUGGAUGGGGUGGAUCCGUGCUCGCUCUGGGAGUUCGCACAGCAGCGAACUGCAUCGCUGCCGCGGCCGCCAGAGGGGGCCGUCGGAGUCGCCUGCGCGGUCGCCCCCAUGGGCUGGAGUUGGGCGGUCUUCCUCGCGCGCACCGCGCUGAUGGACUGCCUCGACGACCUGGAGUCCGAGGGGGCGGGGCGCGUGGAGCGCGGCAGCCCAGUCCCGAGCUUCGCCGAGCACCAGCUCUUGUACUGGCUCUACAUCGACAACUAUGGCGGAGGCCUGAUCGGCGAAGGGUCGGACGACCCGAGGCUCGGCGAAGUGGCAGGUCAGGCGAGGAGCGCGGUGGCAGCGCGCGGUCUGGCAGUGCGCAUGGAGAGCCAGGGAGUCGGUCUUCCCGAACAGCUAGGCGUCACCAUCGACCCGGUCUCCUUGAUGUGUCGCGUGAAGGACGAGAAGCUGAAGGACCUAGUGCUCGCUGCCGAGGCCCUCACCUUGGAGGAGGCGGCCUCGCCCGCGCUGGUCGAGGUCGUUACGGGGCACUGGGCGUGGGUCAUGAUGCUCGCGAGCGCGGCCUUCGCCAUCCCGCGCGUCGUCCACGCGUGGAUCCACGCUGCCGAGGACCGUCUUCGUCCGCGGCGACUGUGGACGGACGUGAUCGCCGAGCUGCACGCCCUGGCCGCGCUCUCCGUGUUCUUCUUCUCGGACUUGUCGCUGGGCUGGCACUCGCAGGCGUGCGUGACGCACGCCAGCAACUACGGCUACGCGGUGAUGUCGACGGCGGCUGCGCCCGAUACGCUUAGAUCCGAGGCCAAGUGGGCACGACAGCAGGGCUGGGGCGUGCAGGUGGACACGGCGCACUCGGAGCAGGAAUGGCAGGAGCGUUCGAAGGGCGACCUGUUUCAGGAGGACGCGGGCGCGGCGACUGGCUUCAGAGCAACGGGUCGUCCCGGCAUGGCGGACCUUUUCGCUGGGACGGGCACCCUGGCCGAGUGCUUCCGCGCGGGG